AUGGUGUCCGUGGGCUCGUGGAGGCGCCGCACGCCCGACGAUUGCGAGGAGCGCUCCGAGCCCGGCGCCUCCAGCUCUGCCGUGCCGCGUGCGCCGCCGAACUGCGCGCGCUGUCGGAACCACCGUCUCAAGAUAGAGCUGAAGGGCCACAAGCGGUACUGCAAGUACCGCAACUGUACUUGCGAGAAGUGUAUACUGACUGCUGACCGGCAGCGAGUGAUGGCACAACAGACUGCGAUGCGGCGUGCCCAGGCGCAGGAUGAGGCGCGGGCGCGUGCCGGGAUGCAGGCGCUCGGCGUGGAGCUGGAGCAGCCGGAGCCGCCGGUGGUGAAGGCGCCGCGUAGUCCCGUGGUACCGCCGCCGCGGUCGCUGGGCUCUGCCAGCUGCGACUCUGUGCCGGGUUCUCCUGGAGUGUCCCCGUACGCGCCACUGCCGCCCUCCAUACCGCUGCCGCAAGCGAUGCCACCUCUGCUGCCGCCACAACAACCGGGUUAG